UCAAAAUACGAUUGUAUUCUUUAAAUAUUGUAUUUAUUUCUUACAAUUAAUCAAUUAUUUGUCAUCAAAUUAUUUAAUAGCAAUACAGUAUCUUAAUGUCAGAAAAGAAAAGUUCUAAAAAUUGUUAUUGUUAACUAGAAUAGUCGGAGUAUUUAAAUAUAAAGAUUGAUUUAAACAAACCUAACCUCAAAAAUUGAGACAAUUUUUUACGAAGAAGAAUAUUUUAUUUAAUUUUAUUGAAAUUAAACGAAUUAAUUGUAAAUUUAUUUACCUUCUUUUUAGUUUUAUAUAAUAUAAAUUGAUGAUCUAUGAAUUUAGGCGUAUUCAACAGAGUCAAUUUAAAGAACUCUGGAGGUGGAAUGUAUUCCGAGUGGGCAUCAUUGAGUUCCCUAAUUCAACAAGGUUCUGAAGACAGUCAAAGUGUAUUGGAAAAAUUUUCACCCGGCGUUGGACGUGAAGUUGCAUUAUCAAUUGUACGACAAUUGGCCGCAAAUUUGGGCAUUGCCCAAGCCGCCGAACCAAGUUCAUUGAAUAAUGAUCGUGAAAUACAAUGGUGUAUGGAAGUUAUUUGCUAUGGCCUCUCGUUACCUCUAAAUGAACACGACACUGUUCGCGAUUGUGUCAAUGUUUAUUGUGAAUGGCUCUCGGCAUUAUAUUCAUCGCCAAAAAUCUCCGUACCAAGGCCAAUAAUUGAGGAUUCAAAUUUUUACGCGAGAAAAAUAAUCAGUCAUUUUCACAAUUUAUUUGUUCCAAGGAGAGGAGAAGUCUGGCCAUUUUUGUAUCAGGAUUUAGGAGCGGAUACGAUAAAUCGACAGGCAGUCCUCUGUCAUAGAGUACUUCGAACUUUGCAACAAGUGGCUCGAGGUCCAGCCACUUUGGAAAGAGAGACUUGGGAGAGUCUUCUUUUAUUUUUGAUUGGAAUAAAUGAUGCGCUUUUGGCACCUCCGGCAGUUAGGGAAGAUGCUGGUGAACAACUUUGUGAAAGAGUUCUCGGCGUUUUACUCGAAGUUUGGCUCGUUGCGUGUGAGAAGAAUUUUCCAUCGCCUCCGUUGUGGAGAACUUUGCGUGAAUCUUGCCUUCGAUGGCGCCAUCGACUCGCUCUUAUCGAACAAUGGAAUCGCGUUUGUCUCGCAUUAACAGCACGACUUUUGCAAAUUAUGUAUGGACCAAUGUUUCCCGAAUUAAAAAUCAGCGAGGAGGAUUCGCAGCUUGUGCCGCACACGAUGACAAACGAGGCGGUGUCACAAGCUUGGUACCGACUUCUGCGAACAGUUGGCGAUCCAAUUGAUUUAUGUCGGCCGGCAGUGAUUUCGCAAACGCAGGCAUUCCUGAGAUAUGCAAUUGCAAGUCCAAAUGUCGUCGAUCCUUGUCAGCAUCCCUGUCUUCAAGCGUUGCCUCAAAUUUUUCUCAAGGCCAUCAAAGGUAUUGCCGGACAAGUCGACGCAUUUCUAGGGGUCUCACAGGCUUGUUGUUGGGAGGAGUGUUGUGUGACGAACGUCACGACAGGAAUAGGAAACUCUGGUACCGGAGGUGUUGGAAAUGAGAAGGUAAAUUCAAAGGAUCAACCUCAGCCUUCUCCAACACCUCCGACGCAGAGGCGGCUUGCAAAAAGUUUCAGCGUCACACCUUCGGCUGUCACCAAGGGUAUUCCGAAAGCUUCGUUGAUUGGCUUGACGACGAGCAGAAUUUCCAGCAGCCAAAUAGUGAUAUCUUCUAAUUCUGGACCUUCGUCUACAUCAUCUACAACUUCUGUAACUUCAUUGGGUCAAGAUGUGAGACCACCUUUGGCACCAAGUCGACCGAAAUGCAACAGUAUUCUUCAUCUCUUCGGCGAGUGGCUUUUUGAAGCUGCUUUCAUUGGCACUGACGGUUGGUCCCAAAAUUUACCACAACCAACUGGCGCUUCAAAAAGACCGUCGUCAAUUUUAGUCGAUGGACCAUCAUCCUUACAAGACACAAUUGCCGAUGUCCCCUCAUCACUGGUAAUUGAUCGUUAUGAAUCGGGACGCGCCGAGGCAAUGGGCGCACUGUGUCGUAUAUUUUGUGCGAAAAAAACAGGCGAAGAUAUACUUCCAAUUUAUUCGGCAAGAUUCUAUCAAGCCAUGUAUCAUGGAUUGAAGACAAAUGAAAAUAAGGAGUGCGGUGAAACGUUGGCCAGUAUUUUAUUGAAUUCAGCCGAUCUCUUUCGUCUUGAUCUCGAUGGUGUUCAAGUUCUCGUUCCAAUUGUACUGUCCGCAUUGGAGGUCGUUCUACCCGAGAAAGAUUUACGACUAAAAACAAAUUCAGUGUCGAAAAUUGAAUUGCGACGGGCGUCGAUUAAUUUAUUGAUAUCAAUGUUGGCAUUGCCGCUUCAUUUUCAGAAUCUUUCAAUAAGGGAAUUGCCGAAUGGAUUUUCGGUAAAUUUUGAGAGGAAUCAGUUUACAUUUUCCCAGUUGAAACCGAGACUUAUGAAUUUAUUGAUAAAUGCCUUGCAAGUGGAAACUGAUCCGCAAAAUACUCACAUGCUUCUGGGCGGUUUAUUGUUGAGCGUGCAAGAUUCAGCGGCCGCCGAGGAAGUGGAACAAGUAACGCAACCCGACAUAAUUCCAAACGAUAAUACAACGAAUUUACUCUCUUCAGUCACCAGCGAUUCAACCAGUCAGAUAAGCAUUUCCAGCGAUCAUCGAUCCUUUGGCGAUUCCUCCGAUAUUUCGACACUUCAAGAGGAGAGCAUCGCUUUUGAUUCGGCACACGCUCUGUUUGUAAGAGCAACAUAUUUAGUUUGUCACAGACUGAUUUCAUCAUGGAAAACGGAUCUCAAUAUUUCGUUAGCUGCACUUGAAAUGCUUUCGGGUCUCGCGAGGACUCGAAUUCGAGAAACGGCAAGGAAACUUACAGAUGCCUUGGAAUGUAAACGAGCUGUAAAAUGGCUUUGCGAUUAUAUUGCCUAUCAAUGUUGGCGACCUCCUCCUUCUCAUUCAAAGGAUCUUCACUCAUCGAUUGUCGCCGCUUUUUCUUGUUUAACCACUUGGCUCACAGCUCAUCCUCAACUUUUACAGGAUAAGGAUUGCUUGGCGACGGUUUUGGAAGUCGUCGAGCUCGGAGUUUCGGGGACGAAAAGCGUUGGAAAGCCAGGAGAGCCGAUAAAAAUGAAGGACGAAAAAGAAUUGAAACCAGCGUCGAUGAGAGUGAGAGAUGCUGCCGAUGCUCUACUCACAAUUAUUCUAGAACAGGUGGGAUAUUUUCCGAGUGCUUGUGGCACACAGUCAUUGUCCUCGUUGUUGGAUGAAGUUUCGCUCCUGAAACACUGCAAUAGUUGGCCUGGUGGUCGUGUACCUCGACAGACGGCAGUCGAACGAUUUCGUUAUUUUGUCGCUGAGAAUGCGACGAUGUUGGCAUUAUUGGAGGAACCAUUGGGAAAUGAUCAGGAUCCACAACCAACUGUCACUGUUUUAAUUCGCGGACCAUUUGGACGACACGCUUGGACAAUGCAAUUGCGACAUUUACCUCGACACAGAUCAAGUGUCAGGAGUAUGAACACAAAUCCCGGACGUCCGUUACCUUUACUCGAACCAACUCCACGUAUGGAGUAUAAACCGAAAUUCUUCCCCGACAAUGUCGACAGAAUUCCUCACUGUAAAGUCGAUGAUUCAAUACCGAGUUUGGACAUUGUAAUGAACGAGAAUGACAUUCUCAAGAACGAUCAUCAAACUCUAUCGCAUUUGCUGGAUCAUCAAAUUGAUUUGGAAUUGAAAUUUAAUAACGAAACGGAAACGACAAAAUCGAGUGAUAAAAUUGACGAAUGCACACCACCGCAUGUGUGCCAUGAAUUUCAGACCGCAAGACUUUUUCUCAGUCACUUUGGUUUUUUGAAUUUAGAACCAAAGGAAGCAAAUGAAAAUUCAACGACUGGCGGCGGUUUAAUUGCAUUGGACUCAACGAUUCCUGGCUUUUGCACUGAUCUCGAGAAUCUUGAUCGUAUCAGUCCAAGAACAUGUGAUACGGUUCAUAUUUUUUAUGUGAAAGCGGGACAAAAAAAUCCCGAUGCCAUUCUAUCGAAUGUAAUAAAUGAGAAUAAUGUUUCGCCGAAUUUUAUGGAAUUUUUAAAUGCCCUCGGAUGGACUGUGGCGGUGAAUUCACACGCCGGUUGGACUGGCAAUGUUUCUACGAGUUGGCAGAUUAUUAACGAAAUAAAUGUUCCACAGCCAACGCAAAGUGAACACGGCGGAGCGAUUUACAAUGGAAACACUCAUGUUUUAUAUUGGGCGGAUGUUAGUUCCGAAAUUGCUUUUGUUGUACCGACACAAUCGUUGACUGUUAAUUCUGAAUCUUUGGAUGAAACGCUUUUUAAUGAAUCUGGUCAAGCUUGGUUUGAAAGAAGUGCGAGUGAAAGUGCAGGUUCAAAAACAUUUUCCAUGUCGCCAAAUACAACGAUAAAUUCACCAAGAACAAUGUCACUUGAUCUUGGAAAGCAGCCGUCGAGUAUUGGUUCAAAUUCAUCAAAUUCAAAUCCUCCAAAUUCGGAUCCAGUGAAACCGAGAAGAACGACAAAGCAUUCUCUUCCAGCGCAAACGGAUACGAAAAUAAUGGUCGUUUGGUUGGAGAGUCUCGAGGAUUAUGCUCAAUUUCCAAUUGGUGAAUUACUUCCGUGCACAAAUACAGGACUCAGCAGUACAAGAAUUGUGACAACUUCUGAUGUUCACGUUAUCUUUUUACAAGCCCUGGACAAUGGUUUAAUGAGAGUUAGACUGCAAGGACCUAUUUCUAGAAUUAAUUUAGCCACACCUUUAAUUGAUGGGAUGGUUGUUCCCCGAAGAGCACUCGGUAGUCUAGUUAGACAAACAGCAUUAAAUAUGGGUCGUAGACGACGACUCGACAACGAUAGUUAUCAUCCGCCGCAUGUACGAAGACGAUUAAAAAUCCAAGACAUGGUACUCAAGUACAAGCAAAAUUUGGAACAACCAGAAUUGUUAUCUCUACUUUUCAAUAACACGUAAAUUUCUUUUUUUUACAAAGGUAAAGAAAUAUUUUAUUAUAUAUAUUUAUUAUUCUUUAAAGUAUAUGUAAAAAUUA